AUGUCGAUCCAAGACUAUUCAAUCGACACAAGUCGAACAAUCACCCAUAAAACAAUCGAGUUACCCGUUCCAUGGCUCACUUUCAUCACCUCACUUGAAAGCCGACUGGGCAGAUACAAGUCCGCCAGUGUGAAAUCCGCAACAACUCUCCAAGAACUAGAAACAUCAGUCAACGAGAUGCGCGGAGACGAACCAUAUACCAUCUAUGAUAUCCAAGAUCAUGGCAAACUAUCUACUCUCUUCGGACGUGCGCAAAAGGCACGACAAUAUGUGCUUGGGAAUUCCCUAAUUGCCGGAGCAAUGGAUGUGCAUGAUAUCAGGGUCGCGCUACACGCCCCGAUUGUAAACCUGGUCUAUGAGAAGAGGCCUGGGUUCACUACUAUUGAGUAUGAUACUGCUGAGUCGGUCUUUCGUGCUUUGACCGAUGGUAACGAGGAGGUUAUUGCUAUUUCGAAAAUCACAGAUCAAACGAGGGAUGAUCUGUUUCAGCAAGUUUUUGUUGAUGCUUCGAAAGCCAAUGUUUAG